GUUGCGCGCGCGAGCCAGCAGCAGUUGGACCGCCGGCGCUGCUGCUGCAUCCGAUCGCGCGAGUCUCGUAUACGCUUCAGUGUACCACACGUCUCAUACACACUCUGCACACAACAACCAACCCGUCAGUGAUCGCGCGAGGGAUAUGCGAGUACCGAGCUCUGCUGCUGGAGUCCAGCGAAGCCGCUAACGAGUCGUCGCCAGUGCGUAUACACGAUAAGUAUAAUGACCAGUGACUGUUCCGCGGUACAGCAACAGUGACAGUGCGAGAAGCCGCGGAACCGGCGGAUGUCCAGCUGGACUCGACGCCUUACCAAAUGAUAAGCAUGGAGGCGUCGCCGAGCCUCGGGACCUCGACGACGAGCCGAGCGCGCGCGGCCCUGCUCGCGAGUGGUUCCACUCUGAGCACGGACAGUCACCGGCGCGUCGUCUUUCUCGCGAGCCAAGCUGGCAGUGCUCAGACGCUCGCCGGCGCUGCUGGCGCGGCAGGACACGAGACGAGGACCUGGCCUCAUCACUGGUCCCCCAACACGACCGGCAACGACUACAAAUCGACGGAAAGCUCGCCCCACGCCGAGAGCAAAAUAAGGUUGACCAGGGGCCAGUCCAACUGGUCGGAUGAGGCUGGAAACUCGAGCAGCAUACCCAGGGGUAGUCCCCGACAAACGACGAUGACGACGACGACGACGAUGGAACCGAGCAACACGACGACGCCCUCGAGGAUGAGCAACAGCGCCGAUUGCCAUGUCUCGAACACUGGCUGUAAGGGACUUAGAAUCGGGGUCUACGGCUGGAGGAAGAGGUGCUUGUAUUUCCUCGUGCUCGGACUCACCGUCAUCGUCAUACUCAACCUCGCCCUCACGCUAUGGCUGCUGAAGGUCAUGGAGUUCAGCUUUGAGGGCAUGGGCUCGUUAAAGGUCAUCCCGGGCGGUAUCGAGCUGAGGGGCCAGGCUGCCAUACUCGACGCCCUCAUAGCCUCGAGCGUCAAGUCGCGACGAGGCAGCAACCUGAUGCUCGAGUCCUGGGCCAACUUUACAGCAUCGGCCAGGGGCGACAACGGACAGGUCCUCGCCAGAUUCACCUUGACGGAGGACAAGGCAGAGUGCGUGUCGAGGUCCUUCCGGAUAACAGAGCCAAACGGUGAGCUGCUCUUCUCGGCCGACAGGGAACGUGUCGUCGUCGGAGCAAAGACACUGAAGGUGACCGGAAUCGGCGGAGCUGUGUUCGACGGCAGCGUCCAGACACCGCUCGUUAGCUCCGAGGCUGGUCGAGAUCUCAGGCUGGAGUCAGCGACGCGUUCCCUGCAAGUCCGAGCCCCACAGCGGAUAGACAUCGAGUCGUCAGCGGGCGGCAUAAGCGCGAGCUGUCUGUCCCAGCUGAAGCUGAGCAGCCAACAAGGUUCGGUGAUCCUGGACUCCCGGAGCGUCGUUCUCAAGGGUCUGAGGUCGAGCAGCCCACCGCCUACGAGACGGCAAUCGUCGAGCAGUAGGUCCGAAGGUGUCGCCGUCUACCAACUCUGUGCCUGCGCCGACGGCAAACUCUUCCUCGCGCCGCCCGAGGGCAUCUGCCAAGCCGACAAGAGCGUCUGCUAAUGAGAGGGGAAUCACGAAUUAUUUUGUUGCGGCGCGCGUCUGGCCGUAGCCGGAGCGUUACUACUGCGCGUAGCCGCUUCAGCCGACGUCCCUUAUUCCUUCUAUUAUACGGACGAGCUCGAAUUAUCGUCUCGAAUUGCCAAUUACGCGUAAUGACGAGAGAUCUCUCUGCAUAGGGUGUUGUUCUGCAUUGAAUGAGCGAUCGCGUUGUGGUUCUUAUGUUAUGCAUAUUAUAUUAUGUAUGAGGAUCACCACACACACACACGCGCGCGCGCGCGCACACGCGCACACACACACACACGUAGAUUUUGCGAAGCUAUAUUUGUUCCUAUCGGUGAAGGAUGAAUUUGUGAUAAGAGACUUACGAUAUAGUUUUAAUAAGGUUGGGUUGUAAAAGACUGCACCUCGUACCCAUGUAACAAGUAGCCUACGGAGCUCUGCUACUAUAAUAAGUAUACGUGUAAAACUACUAGGCGAGGAUAUUUUUGAGAAUUUCGGU